GAAAAAAAGAAUCGCUUUCUGGAGAAAGAUCUUUUAUGAAUACGAUGAUUCAAGCAGGUGGCAACCUUCCUGUGACUGUGAGCAGUAGUACCCCUUCAUCUUCAUCUUCAUCUCAUCAAAACACAAGCGAGGGUUGGCAACAUUAUCGUCAAAGUUCUUCAAAGGCAUUGCACAAGUAUAUUAUCCCUGCCAUCACCAUUCUGGCCGUGUUUGUCCAGCUCAGGAACGGAGUUGGAGCCGCAGUAUCUCUGUUUUUCAUGGAAUACGUCACGGUUGUGGCGUUUAUUGUUGCUUUUUUGGUUUACAUCAGUUCAUUGGCUGUCGAGAUACUCCAGGCUCGUGAAAAUACAGAUUUGUCUGAGUUCAUGGAUAAGAUUAGCCCGUCUGGGACACUUGCCAUAACCUUAGAAUUGUUGAUCAUGGUUCCAGCUUUGGGGUGGUUCACCAUCUCAGCAUGGAGCAUUUGCCUUGUGAUUGCAGUAACAAAGUCGUACCGUGAAAUUGUAGUUGUUUUGAAAAGGUUGUAUCAGAGAGCCCUUGAACAUCUUCUUCAGGUGUUUUGACAAAUUGAAAGAGUUGUUCAUGAGUAUUGGUGCAAGCGCAUCACUUCCUAAUGCCUUUAACAGAUUGAAAGAGUUCUUCGUGAUCAGGAAUGUUGACAACCAGUUGGCCAUGGAGUCCGAUCAGCAGAACUGGCUUCCUUAAUCAGUUAUAUGGCCUUUUGAUCUACUUAAUUAAUAGUUAAUAUGUACCAUACGUUUGCUACCUCUGUGUUUUGGGGGCUUCCCUAUAUGUACACCUAUAAUGUACGUGUGAAUGUAAUGAAUAAAAACUAUGAAACUUUAACGAAAA